AUUAAUGUGAUAUUUUACUGCUAAAAUAUGAUAUUGUUAUCUAAGAGGGAAUCAAGUUUCUUUCCACUCGUGAACCACAACACUUUCUUCAAAUUAGCAAAACAAAUCAUUGUAUGUGUUUGUUUUUGUGUUCGAUCGGUUUUUAUUCAAGGAAAUCAGAUGCAUUGUUUUAUUGUGAAAAUGCCACUAUUCUUUUGAAAAAAGGAAGUGACAUUCCCUAAUCAUCUGGGCGUGUUGACAGCCGAGCCGCGACGCCGCAGAGGAACCUGGACUCUAGUCUGAAGAAGGACUAGCGGGAAGGAACAGGAAGUGGUGAAGAAGUUAGAAAGAGAAGAAGAAGUCCAAUAAAGAAGACACUAAGAAGAAGAAGAAGUGGACAACAGGAAGUCAAGAAGAAGAAGUGGACAACAGGAAGUCAAUAAGAAAAGGUACUGAAAAAGAGGAAUUUAAAAAAAAAAAAAAAGAAGUAAACAAGAAGAAUUAAACAAGAAGAAGUAAACAAGAAGUAUUACAGAAAAAGAAGAAGUAAACAAGAAGAAGUAAACGACCACUCGGCAGGAAACACCGUCUCUGCCGCUUCCUGCCCCUUUCCAACAGAUGCAUCAACAGGCUGUGAUGUCAUUGUCUGACUUAGAACAGCACGUCUGCAAGCCUGUGAUCCAGAAUCCCGCAGACCCCCAUGAAACCCACCACCUUCCACCAGAGUCCCAUGAGAUGCAGCAGAAUCCCACGGUGACCCACGAGAGUGUCGCAGAGGCCCAUGAAACCGACGAUAGUCCAUCUGCCCACCUCCUAAGUCCUACCAAGACCGACGAAACCAAGCCGCGUCCAGUAAAGACCCACCACAGUGCCACAGAAACCCAUAAAACUGACCACAAUCUACCAGAGACCCUUGGGAUGCAACAGAAUCUCCACCAGAUUCCCUUACAGACCCAUGAUACCUACCAUAGUCCGUCAGCCCACCUCCUAAGUCCUACCAAGACCGAUGAGACCAAUCCAAGUCCCGUAAAGAACCACCAGAUGCCCACAAAGAUCCACUUGGAGACCCAUCAGAUUUCCUCAAAGACCCACGAAACCUACCAUAGUCUGUCAGCCCACCUCCUAAGUCCUACCAAGACCGACGAAACCAAGCCGAGUCCAGUAAAGACCAACCAGAGUGCCACAGAAACCCAUAAAACUGACCACAAUCUACCAGAGACCCUUGAGAUGCAACAGAAUCUCCACCAGAUUCCCUUACAGACCCAUGAUACCUACCAUAGUCCGUCAGCCCACCUCCCAAGUCCUACCAAGACCGACGAGACCAAGCCGAGUCCCGUAAAGACCCACCCGAGUGCCACAGAAAUGUAUGAGACCCACAACAAUCCACCAGAGACACGUGAGAUGCACCACAAUCCCAUGGAGACCCACCAGAUUCCAUCAAAGACCCACCACAGUCUUUCAGUGAGUCCUGCCAAGACCUAUGAGAGUGACCCCAGCAGGAGCCCUGGAGAAGAAGCCCUAAUCAAAUCCAACCAUUCUCAAACAGAAAAGGAGGAACACAAAGCAGAAGAAGAUUGCGCGUCAACAAAUAAAUCAUGUUUAGUUGCAGAAUGUUUUCAUCAUGGAGAAAUGGAAGGUACCACUCGGGCCUUUUCAGCACUGCCAACAAAGUCUGCUGAAGAUGAGAACAAGGCCAGCAGUCCACCUGUGACACAUCCCGUCACGACUCGUGAUUCCCAGCAGCCGCCCGCCCACUUCUCAGCUUCUUCGUCUUCAGGUGAGCCAAAACUUUGUGGCUAUUUGCAGAAGCAGGGCGGGCCUCUGCGUGGAUGGAAGCGGCGCUGGUUCACCUGCGAGGAGAAGAGGAACCAGCUCUUCUACUACCGCACGCCACAGGACCUCAGGCCUCUCGGCCGAGUGGACCUCGGCGCCGCCACCUUCACCUACCCCUUGAAGGCGGAGGCGGGCACCUUCCACAUCAAGACGCCCGAGCGCACCUUCAUCCUGAAGGCGGUGACGCAGGAGCUGAUGCAUUAUUGGUUGCAGCAGCUGCAGGUCAGACGCUGGCAGCACCGACAGAUCGCCUCCUGCUGUGACUCCACUAACAACACGGCAGAUUGUGCAGAUGACUUCCUGCCCUUGCUGAAGACCCCCGUGGGUCUGGUGGGUGAGGAGGCCGCCAGCGUGGCCCCUCAAAGGACGCCGCUCGCCAACAUGUCCAUCAAGCAUCCUUUCAUCGAGAUCCAGAACUCUGUGCACAGUCUACGUAAGAGGUCUUCUCAAGAGUGGACUCACAGUGUCUUUUACGUCCAAGACCCAGCCCUGGACCAAGUGGACUCUGCCGCUAACGUGGGACAGACAGUGCAGGACAGAAGAAGACACCCUCUACUGGACAGGAAGAAGAAUUGUGAGACAGUCCAGAUGUCAUCAGAUCAGAUGUCCCGCCUCCAGCAAGACAAAGAAAUUCUGAUGGAGGAGGUGAAAGCCCAGAAGGAGCUGGUGUGGCUUCUCCACAAAGCGUUGGAGGCGGCUCAGCUGGAAAAAGGAACAUGUGCUGACUUUGUGGCGGCCGAGGAUGAGCAAGAGCGAUUGGAGCCGCCGCACCGCCGCCGCCAAACGGCCGACCUGCUGAGCCGCCUGGAAGAAGCCAAGAUGGCGGCCGAGGCGACCAGGCGGAGCCUAGCUGAGCGAGACCUGCAGGUGUCCCAGCUGCAGGAGCAAAUGAACAUGCUGAUUGAGAAGGCCAACGCCAAACAGGAGGUGAUCCUCAAGCUCUCCAAUCAAGUGGCCGCAUGCACGUGCAACCCACUACGCUCCGCGGACUCCAUCAGACAGCUGCAGCAACACGUGGAGAACCUGAAGGAUGACAUUGAGGCCUACAAGACUCAGAACAAGUUUCUAAACUCCGAGAUAUACCAGCUGACCAAAUUGUGGCGGAAGAGCUCAGGGCAGGAGCGAAGUCUGAUGGUGAAGUGUGCCCACCUGGAGGCACGUGACUGCCAGGCUGAGAGUCGCUACCUCGGAGGCCUGCAGAAGCUACAGGAGAACAGGAGUCUGGAUCCGGACCAGCGGCAGACCAUCCAAAAGAUGAUUGAGGACGCUCUGAAGGAGGAGACGAAGGAUGUCCCACCCAACACAAACAGUGACCACGACAAAUACGGCUUCAAAAUCAUUCCCGACUACGAAGUGGAAGACGUGAGACUUCUGGCUAAGAUCCAGGCGCUGGAGAUGCGCUCACAGAACCUGAUGCACGAGGAAAGUCGAGAGCGCCCCCUGCUGAGUCGCUGGGCCCAGUAUCUUGGUGGCAGGUUGGAUGACGACCUGCGAACGUCACCGGAGCUCAAGGGUCUGCUACGUGCUGGUGUUCCUUUUGAGUACCGCCAGCGGAUUUGGCGCUGGGUGGUCCGGGCCAGAACCAAGAGCAUCAGAGAGCGUCACCCAUGUCUGUACCAAGAGUUCUGUGACAAGAGUCGCACGUGUCCUCAUCCAGUCUCUAGACAGAUCCAAAUGGACCUUCAUCGGACUCUGACCAACAACCAGAAUUUCUCUUCACCAUCAAGCCCCACCCACCAGCAGCUGCAGCGCAUCCUGUUAGCUUUCUCCUGGCAGAACCCAAGCAUUGGCUACUGCCAGGGACUCAACAGGUUGGCGGCCAUCGCUCUGCUCGUCCUCCAGAAUGAAGAAGACGCCUUCUGGUGUCUGGUGUCUGUGGUGGACACCAUCAUGCCUCAGGACUACUACACCAAGAACCUGGUGGCCUCGCAGGCGGACCAGCACGUGUUUAAAGACAUCCUGCUGGAGAAACUUCCUCGGCUGGCGGCGCAUUUUGAGCUUCACGGAAUCGACGUGUCUCUCGUUACCUUCAACUGGUUCCUGGUGGUUUUCGUGGAGAGUCUUCCCAGUGACAUCCUGCUGCCUCUGUGGGAUGCCUUCUUGUAUGAGGGCACCAAGGUGAUCUUCAGGUACGCUCUGGCUCUCUUCAAGUACAAAGAGGAUGACAUCCUGAAGAUUGACGACAGCACGGACAUCUACCAAUACCUCCGCUUCUUCACCACGACGGUCUCUGACGGCAGGAAGUUGAUGGCCAUCGCCUUCGGAGACAUGAACCCCUUCCCCGGCCGCCUGCUGAGGAACCGGCGAGCGUACCACUUGGAGCGUCUGCUAGCAGAGCUGCAGGAGCUGGAGGAGCAGCAGAGGAGCUUCCAGGCGCUCAGCACCAAGCGGAAAGACCAAGAACUGGACAACAUGGCCAGCGAGGAUGAUGAGGAGCUAAGUUAAGUCUCAGCUGGGUUCUAAGUGUUGAGCUUCUACACUUCUCAGUACACUUCACCUCCACCUUCCUAAGUGUUUCAAUCACUUCUCAGUACACUUCACCUCCACCUUCCUAAGUGUUUCAGUCACUUCUCAGUACACUUCACCUCCACCUUCCUAAGUGUUUCAAUCACUUCUCAGUACACCUCACCUCCACCUUCCUAAGUGUUUCAAUCACUUCUCAGUACACUUCACCUCCACCUUCCUAAGUGUUUCAAUCACUUCUCAGUACACUUCACCUCCACCUUCCUAAGUGUUUCAAUCACUUCUCAGUACACUUCACCUCCACCUUCCUAAGUGUUUCAAUCACUUCUCAGUACACUUCACCUCCACCUUCCUAAGUGUUUCAAUCACUUCUCAGUACACUUCACCUCCACCUUCCUAAGUGUUUCAAUCACUUCUCAGUACACUUCACCUCCACCUUCCUAAGUGUUUCAAUCACUUCUCAGUACACUUCACCUCCACCUUCCUAAGUGUUUCAAUCACUUCUCAGUACACUUCACCUCCACCUUCCUAAGUGUUUCAAUCACUUCUCAGUACACUUCACCUCCACCUUCCUAAGUGUUUCAAUCACUUCUCAGUACACUUCACCUCCACCUUCCUAAGUGUUUCAAUCACUUCUCAGUACACUUCACCUCCACCUUCCUAAGUGUUUCAAUCACUUCUCAGUGCACUUCACCUCCACCUUCCCAAGUGUUUCACUACACUUCACUUCUACCUUCCUGAGACACAUGUAACACGACACAUGUUACAUGUGUCCUGUUACAUGUAUGAUACAUGUGUCAUGUUACAUGCAUGUAACAUGACACAUGAAACACAUAUGACACAUGUAACACACGUGCAUGUAACAUGGCAUGUAACAUAACACAUGUAACAUGACACAUGUGGCAUGUUACAUGUGUCAGGUUACAUGCCAUGUUACAUGUGUGUGUUACAUGUGUCAUGCUACAUGUGUCAUGCUACAUGUGUCAUGUUACGUGUGUUACAUGUGUCAUGUUACAUGAGUCAUGUUACAUGAGUCAUGUUACAUGUCAUGUUACGUGUGUUACAUGUGUCCUGUUACAUGUGCCAUGUUAUGUGUGUUACAUGUGUCAUGUCACAUGUGUCGUGUUACAUGUGUCAUGUUACGUGUCAUGUUACAUGUGUGUCGAAUGUGUCAUGUUACAUGUGUCAUGUUACAUGUGUGUCACAUGUCUCAUGUUGCAUGUGUGUCACAUAUGUCAUGUUACAUGUGUGUCAUGUUAAAUGUGUGUCACAGGUGUCAUGUUACAUGUGUGUUACACGUCUCAUGUUGCAUGUGUGUCACACGUGUCAUGUUGCAUGUGUGUCACACGUCUCAUGUUACAUGUGUGUCACACGUGUCAUGU